UUUUCAUUUCAGGCGUACGAUGUACUUUAGAGGCUUGUACUACAGUGUACGCGACCCCAAUAAUAGAUCCACGUUUGUGUAACAACAAUCAUUUCCGGGUAGUGAAGAAAAUGAAUAACCAUGGCGAGUAGUAGUGAUACUGGGUUAAAUAGUGUGCGAGAGACUAUGGAUGGUAAGACUUGUCUUACUGCGUAUUUGCUUCUUCUUGAAAUUUCACGACUUUUGAAUACUGGAUUAGACAUGGAGUCCCUCUCCAUUUGUGUCAGACUUUGUGAACAGGGGAUCAACCCUGAGGCCCUUUCAUCGGUAAUUAAAGAGUUAAGAAAGGCUUCAGAAUCACUAAAGUGAUGUGCAGAAAUCGAUUGCUGACACUGCAGUGCAGCAUAAGGAGAAUACUAUACUCCUGAUUGUGCUGUCUUUCUGAUGAGAUAAACCGAAGCCCCAUCUGCUUGAGUUUGCGGUAGCUCAGCUGGAUGUAAAAGAUCCCACAGCACCUAUUGAAAAG